AUGGAAGUGGAGGGCGCCUGGGCCAAGCAUGCACCCCGCGGGCCGCGGCUGCGUGACACGCAGCCCUUCCCAGCCCGGGGCCCGCCGCGGUUACUCAAGCUGAUCUCAUCGGGGCUCCGCACGACACGCGCUUCCUCUCGCCUCGCCUGCACGCGCGUAGCGUGCGGAGGCGCCCGCCGCCCGCGCCCCGCCCCGCCCCCAGACGGCCGCCCCACACCCGGACUGCCGGAGCCCGGCCCAGCCCGGCCCGCCCCUCCGGCCGGCCCGGAGUCCCGGCGUCGGGGCGCGCCUCCCCGGGGUCCCUGGUCCCGUCUGUCCGCGCCUCCCCGGGGUCCCUGGUCCCGUCGGUCCGCCCCUCCCGCGCCUCCCCGGGGUCCCUGGUCCCGUCAGUCCGCCCCUCCCGCGCCUCCCGGGGUCCCUGGUCCCUGGUCCCGUCGGUCCGCCCCUCCCCGGGUCCCUGGUCUCUGGUCCCGUCGGUCCGCCUCUCCCGAGCCUCCCCGGGGUCCCUGGUCCCUGGUCCCGUCGGUCCGCCCCUCCCCGGGUCCCUGGUCUCUGGUCCCGUCGGUCCGCCUCUCCCGAGCCUCCCCGGGGUCCCUGGUCUCUGGUCCCGGGCCGCCCCGGCCGCUGCCCCGCGCCAGGAGACCUGCCCCGGAGUAA